UGACCAUCUAUUCUUGUUCUGAUUGGCCCGUUUUACCGUUCAUGCUUUCCGCAUUCGAUGUAUGUGCCAUUAAGGCAAUAUUACUUGUGCCAUCCGGUUGGUUCCUUCUCCCUUCGUGUUCGGGACUACGUGUACUUCGAGGAAACUGGAAUAUUUGGGAAAUACGUAUCAGGAUGGCGACGUGUAUUACGAACAUUCUGGCGGGUUGGCAAUUCUGCGGCCCGAUGGUUCAGAAAAACCCUCCUUACUAUCAAGUAUGCAGUGGAAAAUGUCUUUCUAACAUCAGAUGACGCCUUUCCUGUGUUAAACCCAUGUAUUGAGUUGUCGGAUGCCCACUGGGUAAUUAUAUUUCGCCAAGCACUUUGUUUUUAGAAACAGUGACAUUUUGACGUCAUGAACCAAAUAGCUAAAAAAAGUAUAGUGCACAUGAUUCAGUGUUUCGAGGAACUAUGGGGAAUUCAGCAGUGUAUUUUCUGCUCGUUACCAGUUUUUUGGAUUACAACAGCUACGCGGCGAAAGCGUAAAUGACUUCAUUGCGCGCAUUCACCAAGCAACAUCAUAAUGCCGAUACAGUACAAUUUCCUCAAUGCAUGUCGAAGAAGUCACGAGAAUUCAGUGCCUUAUCGGUGGAGUUAUAGAUGAUGGUGCGAGAGAAAUUUUACUAUCGCAAGAAGAGGAAACACUUUCAUGGGAAACCGCUUGCAAUCACAUACGGAAAGGAGAAAAUCUGAAAACUCAGUUAUCCACAUUCAACCCUUUUCAGCCUACAUAGUGUGUAAACAAGCUGGCUCCGUGUUUUUUCUCCGAAAACACGUUAUGAAAGUUCGUCUGCUACCGAUGCAGUGACGAGCACACUUCCCCCACCCAGUGCCCUCACAUUUGCACAAAGGCCAGGAAUUGCGGUAAGACUGGCCAUCUGGCACGUGUAUAUCGUUCUCCAUUAUCAUAAGCUUUGAUUAAAUCGUUGAACCAGGACGACGGUGAUAUCAAGAUUUGGCAUGACAUCAAGACGGUGGAAGAUCACACAGCACUACAGGGAGACCUCGAUAGGGCUUAUACGUGGUCAUCCGUGAACCGACUCCAGUUCAAGCUGGCGAAAUGUAAAAGUUGUGAGCAUAGGCCAUCAGCUUACUCAAUAAUAUCUACUUGGAGACCAGUAUUUACAACGUACUUCUUAGGAAAGCGACCUCGGAGUAACUGUGCAGGGUGACAUUGGCUACUCGAAAGAGACUGAAAACAUGUCGAGAAGAGUCAGUCAUCAACCGGAAAUCUUGCGGAAAGCUUUCGGAAAGUUCCAGCCACCUAGCUCACUGCAAAUGCUGAACGCCUGUAUGAUGAUUCACGUGAAGUACGCGAUUCAAGCCUGGAGUCUCUGGCACAAACACGAUAUUGUUGCACCCGAAGCUCCGCAACCUAGAGUGACCAAAUUCGUCAGGGGAUUGUCGACUCUCCUACCAGUGAAGACUAAAAGCCUUUGGACUAUACGACGGUGGAUAUCAGCGCAAGCGAAGGAAUCUCAUAUUGGUCUAAAUACUGACAAACCUAAAUAACGCCUAACGCGACCUGCAACAGCUCAGCAACAACACUAACACGAGAGACCACCAGCUCAAACUUACUACCCACUGCGGUCAAACUGACGGUUGUCAAAUCAUUUUCUCCAUUCGGGUGUGCCGAACAUGAAGCACCCAACUCACAUUCUUUCUACCCCAACACUAACGCAACUCAAAGAACGCCUUGACGACACAUCAUCAAAUUUCAUGUGAUUUAGAUCGCUUCACUCGGGGAACGAAAUAACGUAGCGGUGCGAAAACAUACACCAGCGUUCAUAUGAGCGGUUUGCGCACAACAACCACUCUAAACGAACUCGUGGAACCAGUGACGCAGUGGAUUCAGAGAACCACUUACGGAUUGCUUUUACCCAUGGAGCCCGUUGUCAUCCAUAACAAGAGUGCUGAACCGAACAACAAUCUCCACUACGGAAACUCAUUGAAUUUUCAACCCUUAGGAUUGGGCAAUGCAUCACUAUUGGUGCAGACACCAGACUCUGCGGGACUUAGUGGCCAAAACAUCCCGCUCCAAGUUGGAAUGGGAAACUUUUCGGGAAGAACAGAAGAAAAACCGAGCUUCAGUAGGGAAACUUUAAUCACUAAUCAGAACUUCGGAAAGAUUGGCCAGUACAACUUACUUCCGGUUGGAAUGACAUCGACGUUAAGUGCUAGUCUAUCGGCUCAGAUGGAAAUUCCACCGACUGAUCCCACAAGUACUGUGCUACCGAGUGCGCAGUCAACAACCAGAAACAAUAUGCAAGUGAAUCAGGCGCGUUAUUUCACUUUUGACGGUCAGCAUCGAAAGUUUUAUCUAGAUGCGAGAUACCUUAGAUCUGCUGAAAGGCAACGUCGACACAAAAGGCGAAUGGCGAAAAGGAUGCGGGAACAAAUGCGUUUGGAAGAGAACCGUUUGAGAAACGCACUCUCCUAUGGAAAUAUUGACGCGAUAAGGCGGAAAACCAUGACCGGUCGAAAUCGAACAUCCGGGAAACCACCGGAGCAGACGUUGGAAAUACUUUCUCUGGAUAGCGACACGGAAACAGAGGUCAGCAUACCUCUAAUUUGCUGGAAAGAUAUUGACCUGGACUUGGAAGUAAGAUCUAUCGAUGAUGAAAAGGAGCUAUCGAAACUCGUUGAUGAAAGUCCGCAGGUUACACCUUUUACUACAUCAACACUGCCACAAAGCACUCAAGCUAGUAGAGUUGGUCAAUUGGACAGCAGGAAGAUGUCUCACAGGACUGAAAAGGCAAAUGCGGUUUACCAAGAGACGUCGGCGGGUGUAGAAUUUCAAGGAAUGGAAACGAGUGAUUCCACAAAAAUUAUGAAAUGGAUUCAGAACAACAAGCCGAGGGCGUUAUUGGCGCCAUCGAUCACAAGCGGGGUGCAAGCGGCAGGAACAGUGAAGGAUGCGAAGACAGCUAGUAUGAAACAAGAUGACUGUGUCAGAAAGACAAACGUCGCCAACUUCACGAUAUUUGAAAAUCCACUUGCUCAAGAUAUGGAGAGUGCAAGCGAUGACAACUACCCAAUAACAAUGGAAAAGACGCGUCCAGUGCCAUCUGACAAACAAACUCUACCUGCAAACGUUGCAACAAGUACUGAGGUCAAAAGGAGUCGCAUAGGAAGGACUGGCACUGAGGCACUCUGUGACAUAAGAAGUACACAUCCAUCAACCAGCGCAGAAAGCCGCUAUUGUCCAAAGUUCUCAACACUCCAAUUCAAUUCGACAAACGUGACACAGUUUCCACCAAUCAACAGUUCCCAGCGAUUUCAGAGACAACAUGCACAAAGUUUGGCAAACUCAGUUGUAAUCCAGAAUCGGGCAGCAACUGAAAGGAUGGAAGACGAGUCGGUAGAGAAGGCGCUCGCACAGGGGAAGUCUCGUUUGUCAAUUGCUUCUUCCAGGGGAGAUCCUAACAGUGACGUGCAAGUGCAGUUGAGCUACUACUCGAAACAAGACAGUGCACAUACGGAAGAGGAUCUAUCGUUGUUCACCUUCGGAGACGGAUUCAGCUCUGAAGAAGAUAUCUCCAAAGUCACUGUACCCAUAAGUCUUUCGCUGCUAAUAAUGGCCACAUACAUAGUGAUCGGAGCCAUAGUGUUUUCCAUUUGGGAAGACAAGAAGUACCUGAAGUGGUCUUAUUUUUGUUUCAUCACGCUAUCAACAAUCGGAUUCGGAGACAUUGUGCCAGGCACGAAAAUAGACUCUGAGAACACGAAAGAGAAACUGGUUAUCAUAUCACUCUACGUUGCAAUCGGAUUGUCCGUCUUCGCCAUGUGUUUCAAGCUCAUGCAGGAAGAGGUGGUGCACAAAGUGAAAUGGCUCGCAAGCAAGGUGGGGAUAAUCAAAGGAAAGACAAAGAAAAAGCAGGAGAAAUCCUUAUGAACCCGACGCCUCCAUCAUCCCCGCAGCGGAGUCGUGUGUGUGUGUGUGUGUGUGUGUGUGCCAAAGAAUCCCCUGUCCACUACCGAUAGGAGUGAACGCGGACGCCAAGCGCGAACAAAAGGAUGGGGUCUAGCCCGAUGAACAGGCUUUAUCGUUUCCGAUGCGGUACCCCAAAUCCCAGUGGCUAUGCGCGUGUGGACCGAUUGGACGAUGAGGUGGAAACCCGCUGUGCCUACUAGAUAUUAAGGCUGUACACGGGUGAAACCAACUCGAAAUCCAGGGUACUUAGCAAUACACAUAUUUUAUAUAUUAUAAUUUCACCGAAGU